AUGUGGUUGCCGUUGGUCUUCUUCAUUGGUACAGUGUUUGCAAUUACUGGAAGCGCCCCAAAGAAGCCAAUAUGUGAGGUGAUACAAGUGGAUUCGGCUAACAAUAGCGAUAUGUUACUGCCUCUGGCUAUUAUCACUGACAUGGAUAGCAAGUCGAAAGACACUAACAACUGGUACAGCACUAUUCGCUAUGGUGCUUUGGCUUUCUCACAGAACCGAACUUCCUCUUUCAUCCACUGGUUGGGAGGAAUCAACAUCACGUCCAACAUGAAUUUCAAACAAAGAUCCAUGGAGAUGAGUGACCUCAAAAUUUUCCGAAACCGACUUCUAUCAGUCGACGACAAACUUGGUCUCGUCUAUUGGCUCCGAAAUGGAACUGCCGUUCCAUGGGUGAUCGCUUCGACUGGAGAUGGUUCGACGGCUACACCAUUCAAAGGAGAAUGGAUGACGAUCAGAAAUGAUAAUCUUUACUUGGGAUCAAGUGGACAUGAAGUUGUGACAGCAACCGGGGAAUACAUCAACGAUGAUGAGAUGUACAUCAAGGUUAUCUCUCCAACCGGAGCGAUGAGCACUGAAGAUUGGACGGCAAGAUUCGUGAAGCUCCGCAGAGCAGUCGGAAUUCACUUCCCCGGAUUUAUGAUCCACGAAGCUGUUCACUGGUCGGAUAUUCACAAGAAAUGGUUCUUCCUCCCUAGAUAUGCCUCAAAGCUUCCAUUCGAUGCCACCAAUGUCUAUGAAACAGGCUCCAACAUGCUGCUCAGCACGUCUGACUGUUUCUGUGACACGAAAGUUGUCCAUAUCGGAAAGCAAGAACAAACAAGAGGAUUCAGUGCAUUCCAAUUCAUUCCUGGAACCAAAGAUGAGAUCAUUGUCGCUCUAAAGACUUCAGAAGUUCCAGCAGACCCAGCAAAGCCAUUCGAGAAUCACAUUUUCUCAACUUGGAUCACAAUUUUCAAAAUCGACGGAACUGUAAUUCUGGAGGAUCAGCCUCUGGAUGAUGGAGUCAAGUACGAGGGGAUCGAGUUUGCCAAUGUAUUCCAAUGCUUGUAA